AAAUCUGUUUACUGACAAUCCUGGAAGGUUUGGAAAACUCAGUUUCUAUCCCAGAAGUGGAUUUAGGAACAAAUAGAUGCAAACUGCCUUCUUGCAGUUCUUGUUGCCAGGUUUUGUCUCAGAGGAGAAAAUUCAGUAAUUUGAAUUGGUUUGGGCUCUUAAACCCCAAGCCAAAUUUUUGUCAGAUAAAAUGUUUAAAUUGAUCUAUUUUUAUGUUUCUGGGUGUAUUCUGACAUGUUUGUAUAAAUUUGUUUAAUAUUUGGUCUAAAACCGUCUCAGUGCUGCCCUCUUUGGGAUGAGCGGUGGUACUGCAGUCACUUUGUUUCCAACGGCGCAUUUUGGCUGAUUACGUCACAUGUCACUCAGACACGCCCCCUGGUGGAGAGUCAGGAGUUAGAAUGUGUUGAACUUCGGUUGACAGCGUCUGAUUUAUUAAAGAUAAAGUGUCUUCUGUGAACUUUAUUGUGAAAGUGCUAAUAACUGCUUACUUAUGUAUUGAUGAUUAAUAACAAUAAUAAUGACAUGAAACUGAUGCAACAGCCAAGCAGAAAUCACAUACAGUCAAUUUAAAUGAAUAAUUUUGUCACCAGCUGACUGUAAAACAGGUUUUGUUAAAUAAAUGAAAAAUGAUCAAACUUGAACCUUUAAUCUGCUCCGAACCAAAAUGAUGAUACAUUCAGUGUAAAUGUCAGAAUCUGCAGCUUGUGGUUCCAGAUUGAAAGGAACAGAAACCUGGUGGGUCAGCUGCUGCUUGACGAGCGGUCAGAUGUUUUCUGGAAACGGACCAGCGGGUCGGUCUGAAGGACGGAGCGGCGCUGAUGGAGCCAGAAGAAGAAAACCUUUACGUCAACCUGGAGGACCUGGACGGAUCCAAACCGCAGCGACCCGAACGCGCCGAAUGUGAACCAGGAGGUAAACCGGAGGAAACCGCCUCUGAGGGGGGAACCAGAACCAGAACCGGAACCGGAACCAGAACCGGGUCAUGUUUUAAAGUGGCCACUCUUUUUCUGGGACUGCUGAGUUUCCUCCUGCUGACGUCGGUGGUGGCGGUCGGCUUCCUGUACCAGAGAGAUUUCAGCCAGCUGAGCAGAGAGCUGGCCAAUCAGACGGCAGAGAGAAGCCAGCUGCUGCUGAUGCAGCAGAACCUGACCAAUCAGAAGGAUCGGCUGGACGCCCGUCUGAAGGCAGCAGAACUCGAUCUGGACCGGACGAGGAGCGGUUCUGGUGAGGGUUCUGUUCAGACAGACCAGAGGCUGGAUUCUGGACUCAGCAGGAAUGUUUUGCCCUGCAGGAUGGAGGCGGUUCGGCUGCAGUUGUUACCUUCUGUCUUCGUCGCUGAGCGGCUGGGAAAGCAGCAGAGCUCAGUGUUUACUGACCGGAUCCGAUCUGGUGAUCAUCAACAGCCAGGAGGAAAUGGAGUUCCUGGAUCAGCUCGGAGCCCAGCUGAAGUUUUGGAUCGGGUUGAAGGAAGCGAGCCGAGGAUCCGGAUGGAAGUGGACCGAUGGAAGUUCUCCAGGAGUCACGUUCUGGACCCGGCAGACAUCUUGGCACCGGCCCAUCAGAACCCAGAGCUGUGCAGCUUUUAACAGUGUGUCUGUGAGAGGCGGCCGGUCGUGGAGCGAAGAGUGGUGCCCUCAGCUGCUGCAGUGGGUCUGUGAGAAGAAGGCGUCCGCUUCCGGACGUCUGCAAUAGAAACCUUUAAAUCUUAUUGGAAACAUGAGCAAAGAUUCAUAUCAUGUAUUGAUGACUGAAUUAAUAAAACUGGCUUUUCAUGAAA